GAGAGAGAGAGAGAGAGAGCGAGGAGGGCUCGAUUUUGUUCUUCCUGGGCGAUCGAUCGAUCCCUGGAAAGCUCUUUGGCGCAGCGGCGCCGGUCUUCGGCGCAUGGAUUAGCACAGAUCGCUCCGCAAUGAGGUUCGUAGCUUGUUCUAGUUGUCGAUUGGAGACUGGAGUCGUUGCUUCGCAGAAAUCUGUGUCAAAUUCCCCAGGAGUAGCCGCAGGAGGAAGCAACAGGGUAGGAUUGAUAGGGAGUGUAGUAGUGUGUAGUAGCCAGAAUCGUCAUGGGGGUUUUCUUGGGUGGAGCAUCAGGGCAAAGCGUGGUGCUUCUCAUUCUUCCGGUUCUCACAAGGUCUUCAUUCUAGAUUCUUCGUCAUCGUCGCUUGCCCGGCAUAGAUCGCAUCGACGGGCUGGCAAAUGCAAUGCAAUCUUGGAAGACCAAGGGUCGAGCGCUUCGUUUGGCACGGGAAUUUGGAAUAGCUUCUCCGAGUUCUUCCGGAUAGUGAUCCAGCAGGAGGAGAGCCCGCUCUUGGGCGAGAGUUCUUCGACGUCAGGCAUCCAUCUCCACAAGAGUUUGAGCGAGCUGCCUUUGAUCCACGUCUGCCCGACGUCCAUCCCGGCUGCCCACGACCUCGACUCGGCGGACGAGGUGUUGAGCCAGCUUCUCUACGCGGGCUUCGGCAGGAUCGGCUCCACUUUGGACGGUUUGCUCGCCGUGAUCUUCCCCUCGCUCGGCGAUCCCAGCGGCGACAUGGCGGACGUGAAGAUGGAUCCAGUCGCGGAGCUGUGCGCUCCGUCCAGCCGCUGCGUCACGGCCGAGGAUUUCUCCGGCUCGCUCGACCAGUUCUACGCAUGGCUCAAGGAGAGGCUCCCGCAGGGUGGCGCUCAGUUGGAUCUCUGGGGAACAGCUCCAGGAACCAAGCGCGUCGCCAACUUAUGGCGAGAGCUCCUGGAGGGCGAGAUCUCCCUCGAGGACUCGCGCCCGCCCAAGCGGACUGUUCACGUCGCGAGCGUCCAGAUCGUGAACGAGAGCGGCGAGAUGCUGGUGGAAGCGUACCAGGAGAUGGCGGACGGGAGGAUCCGGCCCAGGAACCGGCCACUCUCGGAGAAGAUGCGGCCCGGCGAGAGCGUGGAGGAGGCGUGCUUGCGCGGGAUCUCGGAGGAGCUGGGCUGCGCGAUCGAUCAGGUGGCGCUGCUGCGCGAGAGCUACCAGAGAGUGGAGGAGGAGCGGGAGUCCUUCUCCUAUCCGGGGCUCUCGACCAGGUACGUGAUCCAUACGAUCACCGCGCAUGUCAAGCAGCUCCCUCAAACGGACUUUGACACGGAGGAGGACGAGGAUGGGAAUGGCGGUGGCGGCGGCAGCGGUGGCGGUGGCGGAGCGGCGGUGUUGGUGGUCGCCAGUGGAAGAACCGCGACUGCUACCAGCUGCCUGGGCGGCGCGGUGGGCGUGAGGAAACAUUUUUGGAAGUGGGUACAACAAGCUCCAUAGCAUAAAAAUCAUGGAAUUCCCGCGAAAUAACUUCGUAGAUAUAAUGAUCAUUUAUCUCUUCCAUGGUUUA